AUGGACGGCUCCAAGCCUUCAAAGGAUGCAGACAGACUGGCUCGCAUCAGAGACAACCAACGCAAAAGUCGCGCCAAGAAGCAGGCGCAUAUCCGCGAGCUGGAAGAGAAACUCCUCUCCCUCCAGGAACUGGUCCGCCACAAGGAUGUGGAACAUCGAUUGGCAGUUCAAGGUCUCGAGGCGGAGAACCGUUCGUUAAGAGCUUUACUCUCGGAUCUGGGCCUAUCGAGCAGCACGGUGGAGGAGUAUCUGAAGGCGACUGCGGAUGGCUCGAGCUCAACGCGCAAGAUCGCCAUACCCGGUCUUCCUCGGUCUGCUGUGACGACUCGAUCGUGCCGUGGCCGUAGCCAGACUGGUGGUCCUUGCGAGACAAGGCCUACAACUGCCCGAACUUCGCCAGCGCUCGAUCCUGAGUCCGGCGGCAGCUGGAAAGACGAGACCGCUGUGUCGGGUCAAGCAGUAACGAACAUCCCCACGCCUCUGAAUAGCCCAUCAGUCUGCGGCUGCUCUCCGCAUGAAACCCCAACAUGGCCGGAAAGUGCCAGCGGGGAUGUUCUCACCACCACCCUUUGUGCCAUCGCCGACGAACUCAUCACCCAGUACAACACGCGCGGCGUCGAGCUAGACGAAAUCCGACGCAAGCUCUGGGCAGGCUUCACCAAAGGUCUCACUACGGAAGAAGGAUGCAGAGUGCAGAACCAGAUUCUGUUCCAGGUUCUGGACGAGAUCAGCAACCACUAA